GAGUGGCGCUCUGCAUUUGCAGCUUUCUGUGAAUAUCCGGAGAAGAAGAAGAAGAAGAACAUCCGGGUAUUGUUCCACCGCUAAAGAAACGGAUGAUAGAAGAGGCUUAACGAAUUUUGCUGCCAACUACAGGGAUACAACUAAUUCGUCUCUUUAUUCGUUAACAUGGCGGCAAAUGACGACGAGUUCGGCUUGGAAACCUGCAAAACAUCCAGGAGCUCGAAGCAUUGUUCACGGUCCAGAUCGCGCUCAGUGGAGCGAAAGCGCAAGUCAGGAGACAAGAGGCACAGACGAAGCCACAGCAGAAGCAAAGAGAGACCAAUUCUUCUUAAAACAGGCACGGAAGAAAGACUCUGAGAAAGCUCUGAAAUGUCAGAGUGGAUCAGAGGAGCAGAUGGAGCCGUCGGAUAAAGGCCGUGACAGGCUGUCUGAAGACGUGGAGGAGCGACAUCGCAGAAAAGACAAGAAGUCCUCCAGGCCAAGAAGCCUAUCAAGAUCCCGUUCAAAGGAAAGACGACAUCAUAGUCGAAACUGGGACAAAAGAAGAUCUCGCUCACGCAGUGGUGACAGGCGAUCAAGGAGUCGUGACAAGAAGAGACGGGCCAGGUCUCGAUCAAACUCCAGAAGCAAACACAAACAUCGCAGCAGGAGCCGUAGCAAGAGCAGGGAGAAGAAGAAGAGGACAGAGAAAGCGCGGAGAAAAAGUCGCAGUCGGUCAGUUAGCCCUGUGACCUUCAGGGGUAGAAACACAGCCAUGGAUGCUCAGGAAGCAUUGGCUAGAAGGUUGGAGAGAGCAAAGAAGCUUCAAGAACAGAAAGAAAAGGAGUUGUUGGAAAAACGGCAGCAAGAGCAAGCAGCAGCAGCUGCUCCACUGUUGUGCGAUACGGUCACCGCCGCACCUGGUCCAGCCCUGAACGUGGCAGCACUGCUGGCCUCUGGCACACAGGUCACGCCCCAGAUCGCAAUGGCUGCUCAGAUGGCAGCGCUUCAGGCCAAGACGCUGGCAGAGACUGGCAUUGCUGUGCCAAGCUACUACAAUCCCUCAGCGGUCAACCCAAUGAAGUUUGCGGAGCAGGAGAAGAAGAGGAAGAUGUUGUGGCAGGGGAAGAAAGAAGGGGACAAGUCACAGACAGCUGAGCUUUGGGAGAAGCUGAAUUUUGGCAAUAAAGACCAAAAUGUGAAGUUUCGCAAGCUUAUGGGGAUUAAAGGUGAAGAGGAAGGCAGUUCAUCAGGAGCUGCUGACGAAGAAGGUCUUAAAACCUUGCAGCAGCAGGAAGAGAUGUUCCGCAACCUGGACGUCCAGUACGAGAUGGCCCGCUCACAGACGCACACGCAGAGGGGAAUGGGCCUCGGUUUCUCCUCCUCUUUUUCAUCAAGGGGCAUGGAUGCUGUCUGAACAUUCUGUACUUGUGCUUCUCGUCUCUGUAAAUUCUGGCCGAUGUUGCCGCUGUAAAGCUGGUUUGUACGUGCUUGUAGAGAAUGCUGGUGCAUUAGCCUGCAUGUAUAAUUCAUCAGAUCUGUCGUUUUAUUCAUUUUGCAAAAUUCACAUGUAAAUACAGUUGAUUGCUCAAACAUA